CCCGAACCCGCUCCCGCUCCCGCUCCCGCUCCCCCUUCCGCGCAUACAAGCCCCUAUGCAUCCCUCGACGCCUAUAAAUGAGGGCCAUCUUCGCCAGGAAGAUCUCACAACUCAACCGAGGACUACACCCACCUAGCCAUCGCACCCAAUCACCCGUCAACUGUUGACCAGUUAACCCUCUCGCACAAGCCUCAUCACAAACAGCCGAUCGCAGCGCGACCUCCAUACCCAGGCAUCUCGAUACCCACAACCUCGUCCUCCACACCACAAGCCACGAUGACCGCCACCACCAAGACCUCGAUGCACGGCCCUCGCCCGCUCCCCAGCCAGCGACACGUCGCCUUCACCCACCCCGAGGCGACCUACGUCGGCCGCGCCGCACCCACGCCUGCGCCCGCCGUCACCACCCGAGCACACCAGCGCGCCGCCUCCGUCUCCAUCAUGCCCCCGCACCUCGCCGCCCCCGCGCGCAGCACCGUCCAAAGCCCGCGCCUCACGCGUCGCUCGACCUCCACGUGCAUGCCGCACCGUCCGCGGCCCGGCAAACCCGCGGGACCGCGUCCGAUCCCGCCGCCCGGGACCCGCACCCGGGUCGUCGUCGACAGCGACGACGAGGACGAGGAGGAAGAGGAGUAUGGCCGCCGCCGGGUGGAGAUGCCCGAGUAUCUGCGCAUGGCGCCCAAGAAAGCCGGCGUCGGCAAGAAGGCGAAGGAGCUUUGGAGGCGCGGGUUCGAGACCGUCAAGAGCGAUGUGCGGGACGUGAUCCUCCGGAUGUGA